AUGUCUAGACCCGAACCUCCAGAACCUACCUCGACGGGUUCUCCGCUCUUCGCCAGCUCUUCCUCGCAGGGAGCUACUUCCAGCCAUGUCCUCCCCUCUAGUCGCCCUCAGGAGCAGGAUACUGCCACAUCGGUGUUGAGAGAUAUUUCAAGAGCACCCAAUGUUUCAAGAGACAAUGAAGGUGGUGAAAGACCGUGGUUCGGCUCACCCAGCCGAGAGAUCCCUUUCGCCCAUAUGCGUGUGCAUUUCGAGGAUUUCGCAAAACAACUUCGUCUCCAUCGACACCAUGAAUACCGGAAGCGAAUGCUGUAUCACCAACGAGACGGAUUACGAAAUGCUAUCGCUCUCUCUGGCCGUUUACAGCGCGUGGGUUCAUGGGUGCACGAUGGCCUGGUUCAGAUCUCUCAGCAGUCCGAUCCGAGUGGCUUUACUAGGGUCCAUCAACACAUGCAAGAUCUGGUCACCCUCUGCCAUUCCCAGUGGAAUUAUGAGAUCCACGCCCUCGAUUCAACCUCUACCGUGGCCUCAAAAACGCCGGUGAAGGAGUCCUUUUUUGCUAGGUUAUCACCUGCCAUCCAGGAGGACUGUCUCGAACUCGUGCAAACCCUGCGAAGCAAUCCCCGUUUUCUUGUCGAGAGGUUCAAGGCAAUGAACCCGGAACAGGUCAAAGGUCUCUCAACCUCGCCCAAGUUCAAGAAGCUCCCCGAGUCGGUUCUCGAGUCACUGUCGCAAAACCGCGGUCGCGAGUCGCAGCGCAGGCGGCCUAGAUCUAGUUUUAGGGAGUUUGAGGACGAUACGCAGUUGAUACGGAGCAAAGCCUAUUCCAAGGAGCUCGAAGACUACGCAUCAUCAUUCGAACGGUCGAAUCCCUUAUCUUUCCUUGUCCACAACAUUUACGGCUCCACCCAGGAUGUUCUGAACAAUGAGAGCCAGCUACGGCUUUAUACAUGGUCGACAAUUUGCGCGAACUUAAUGCUAGAGUCCGGGCCGACAUUCGAUGCGAUUAUUGGCGAAGUCCUGUCGGUAUUCGCACACUUAUACGAAUGGCAGAUCAAAGACCGCUUGGAAAUGUUCUUGAUGGGCAGUUUACAGCGAGGUGCGUUUCUGUAUAAUUCUCUGGAAAGUGCGGCCGCGGCUCCUAGGACGGAUUUCGGGCCCUUGGAUCCAUCGAACACUCCUCAAGCACAAGCAUUUUUUGAUGCAGAAGUCAAGGAGCUUUUCCAAAUCUUGUGCUGUGACGGAGGAAUACCUACAGGCGCGCUGUGCUUGGGUCGGGCGAUCAUUGGGAAACUUCCCACGGUGGAGAGCCAGAGCGCAUUUCGGGGUCAUUUCUUCUUCAGGUGGUUCUUGCAAGAUUUCCUGCGCAUUGCCAUCUCUUUUCCAGAGGAUGAAAAAAUGCUCCUCCAAUUCCACAUCAAUAGCCGGGCCAGGUUCCAUCUGCUUCACAGGCUGUGGGAUCGUGCGGUUGCCCGUGCCACCGAGACUUUCAGCCCAAUGACUGCACAACACGUGGAUCAUGAUAUCCAAAAUUGUGUAAACGGUAUUAUCGGCCGAAUCUCUGCAGACACCCACUGUUCCGAUCCGUACCAGUCAGAAGCGCCGUCGGAAACCAUUGUCGAACCCACUGGCUUAUCCUAUACCUCAAUUUGCGCGGCAGACAUUGCUCACUUGCUGGAGAAACUGAGGCCACAGGUCCUCCACACCUCCAGUCCUUUUGGUCCGUUCUUGAGCUCCUCCCAAACGACGUUCAAUAUGCAAUAUUCUCGAGCCAUUUCCAAAUUUGAACGACUGUGCAGACGUAUACUGGAUGUCAUCGAGCCUGGCCAUUCGUCGAAGAACGUUCACCCACGCCAAGAAAACUGGGCAUUGCUGUUAGUCUCGGAGACAGGGAAAGUAUCGAUAGCAUCGACUGGUUUGUCGAUGGAGAAGUCGGUGAUUAUAGAAGGUCUGGGUGAACUUGAUCCGGCAGAAGGCGCCGCGCUUCGGCUUGCAGACCAACCGACGAUCCUGCAUAACCGUCAAUUCGCUGAUCACGUACCAACUAAAGGAACUGAGAACCUCAGCCUCACCGGAAUGUUUGCCGCUCAAGCAAAUGUUUCUCUCAUAAAAACCGACAGCAUUACCUCCAUGUACUGGCACGAGGCACUCAAAUAUUUGCGGACCUAUUACCCAUUGACAGUCCUAACGGGUGAUGAUACAAAGGUACUUGGACCAUUAACCCACAAACUGAUGGGUUGCCGACAAGGACUUGAGAACGAAUGUCUGCUGGUGGAGCAGGAAGUGGCAGGGCUCGCAGCAUCUUAUACUCUGGCAAGAGAAGAUAUAUCCAAAGCUUUGGGUUGGCUCGAUAGACUUCGGAUCAAGCUGUGGUACGAGAGCAACGUUCUAACCUCGAAUGUUUACGACAACGCCAGGAAUAUCGCAGUUGCGCUGAACAACAUGGCACUGCCACCUAUUCAGAGAUUUGCACCUGCUCAGGAACCCACCGCCUUACUGGAGUUGAGCCGUCCGGGCGCUUCUGCAACGUCCGCCUCAUCAAUUUUCGACCAGCCAAGAAUUGACACCAUGACGAUCCUCAAAGCACCAGUGGAACAUGGUGGGCCUAGGAAGCUAUCAGAUCCGCAGAUUGAGAAGACCAAAAAGUGGCUUGAGCGGAAUCACGUGGAAAACUUCUGUCGAGGCGAAGAGAGAAUCCAUCGAUUCUGCAUGGAGGUUAAGCUGGUCACGCGAAAAUUGGUCGGAGAGACCUUGGCCGACAGUCCUGUCCUAUGGUCUAGCGAGUUAUUCGCAAGGGAGAAAUCUCUGUACGACAUCCAUGCCGUCUUUGGAGGACUUCCGAGCACCCGACCCCCGAGUGUGAUGAGUGAGCCGCUUUCAUCCACUUCUUUCCCAAUACGCGCAGCAUUCUUAGGCUCAAGGACAUCUAUCUAUGGCGGUUCGAGUAGACUUGGAAAGGACGGCUUGGGCAGUGAUAUGGCGUCAUUCAUUAGCUCACCAGGGCGAGCUACCACUUCGACGACUCUGGAAAGCAGCAUCUGGUCACCCGCCCAGUCAAACUCCAGGUCGGUGACCUCGGCCUCUGUACAGUCCAGGCCAGCCUCGACGUUCGAAGACGUCGCUUUGAGUCGGCCCAUCGACCGUAGUCAAGAAAAGGCCAGCUUUUUGGAGAGCCUGCGACAAGACCUCACCUCACUGUUACUCUCGGAUCUCGGGUGCCCGGUGUGGAGCUGUGGAAGUGAAAGUGAUACAUGGAUGACUGCAGCGUGGCAAACCCCGGGCAUUGUUGACCGGUUAUUGCACCGAACCGUGCUGGCUCAGCUGCUCCCUCCCCAAUCACGGACUAGAGGCCCCACGAAAAUCUCCCAUUCAGAAAGCCCGAGGAAACAAAAGGGGCGAAGCCAGAGUGCAGCACCACUGCCACGCACGCCGGCCAAACACAACUCAACCGAUGGCCCUGAAUCAUUGAAAACACUACUUACCAAUGGGAAUGGGGAGCUGAACACAAGCAGCUUCCCUUAUUUGACAGCGUUUGACGACGUUCUCGGUCGGGUGAGGGAUCACACGGAUCCCAUCCUGAAACUCAGGGCUAUUCGUGAUUUUCGAUCCUUGUCACAAGCUUUUCAGCAGAGUCACCAGGAAGUGAUUCUCAAAGCUAACUCUGCGGGACAAGAUGUUGAAUCCCAGGACCCGACACGAAGGCGCAGUCUUGACCCGAACGUGCUAUCAAAAAACCUGAAUCGCCAGCAACGCCAGGCCAAGAGUCGAACGCCAGGCGUGGUUGAAACCUCUGCUGGCGAGAACGCCACCGUUCAAUUCCUAAAGGACCUUCUCUUUGUCCUCCGGCCGAAAACGAUCUUUCGGGAUCUGCAAUACAUUGCUGCAUUCGUAUCGUCAGAAACACUGGACGAUACGGAGCUGGGUCCUGCAUUCCUCCACGUAGGACUGGCAGCGCUGGCGUGGAAGGACGAGGUAUGUCGCGGGAUGGUAGACGUGGCGGAUCGAAUUGUUGCCAAAGACGCGAUCAAAAGGAACGUAUCAAGUGGGCCCCGCCGGGAGCCGUCGGUCCUUAAGGCAAUGGAGUACUGGAUCAUUGGGGCCCAGGAAGGCAACGCCAUUGCACAACGAGAAUUAGCGAGCCUGUACCUCACUCACCCCGACGUGCCCCCGAUCGUCAGUCUCCCGCUCGCAAUGUCGUCGGAGAUCUUCAAGCGCGAAAUGAGGUGGAAGGAAGAGGAAGAUGAAGAGGAAGGAUGGCGCCGUAACAGUCAGGCGCUAUGCCUCGCCCUGCACUGGAUGCAGGAGGCUGCCAAAAAUGGGGAUGCCGUGGCGCGAACCAAACUGCAGGAGCGCGAGGCCGGCCGUUCAAUUCGAUGA